CGUUUGAUUGCAUUUGGAAUUACAAUAAUCUUUGCAAACUUAAAAAUCUUUGUGAAUUACAAAUUCCAAGCAAAGGAGUCUUAAAAUGGCAGAAAUUUAACUUUUCUUUGCCUUGGUUUUCCGAUUUGAAAAUUUAGUCCUGUUUGUAUUUCAUUAGCAUUGUAAGAGACAAUCUGGAUACCAACCUGUGUGGCAUAGAAACUGCUAGGUACAUUGCUAAAUGAAUCAAUGAGGCUGUGUUCUGCUUAGAGAUCCAUUCACAGCUGAUCAGCUUGCAGGAUGGAGGACCUCCGGGAGUACUUAAACCAAAAGAAAAGUUAUUUUCGAAAAGCAGUGGUUCUAUCUGGAUAAUGCCAUUGGACAUAUUUAUGGAACAACAUUUGAAGUAUCUACUGGUGGGAGCCUUCAGCCAAAGAAAAAGAUGGAAGAAACAACUACAGAAACAAAAGAAGCAGGUACGGAUAAUCGUAACAUAGUUGACGAUGGAAAGUCUCAAAAACUGACUCAUGAUGACAUACAGGCUUUGAAGGACAAGGGUAUUAAAGGACAGGAAAUAGUUCAACAAUUAAUAGAGAACAGUACAACAUUUCGUGGCAAAACAGAAUUUGCACAAGAUAAGUACAUAAAGAAGAAGAAGAAAAAAUAUGAAGCUGUUAUUACAAUUGUAAAGCCAUCUACCCGCAUUCUUUCAACAAUGUACUAUGCAAGGGAACCUGGGAAAAUAAACCAUUUGAGGUAUGAUACUCUAGCUCAAAUGUUGACUUUGGGAAAUAUCCGAGCUGGCAAUAAAAUGAUUGUGAUGGAAACUUGUGCGGGCUUGGUUCUGGGUGCCAUAAUGGAGCGAAUGGGAGGUCAUGGAUCCAUUAUUCAAAUGUAUCCAGGAGGGGGACCAGUUAGAGCAGCCACAAGUUGUUUUGGAUUUCCAGAAUCUUUUUUCAGAACUCUUUAUGAAUUCCCUCUCAGCAAAGUGUGCAGUCUUGUAUCCGGAACAUUUUCUUCUGAGACUUUGCCUUCAGAGCCUGACUAUAACGUUCCAGUGGAAGAAGAAAGCAAUGGGUCACUUGAGGAGAAGCAGACUUUGAUACAGGAAACAGAAGUGGAAUCUAAUACUGAAGCAGUUAUGGAGAGCAUUGAAACAGGAGAUCAAGAAACAAUGGACGACCUUGCUGCUGAAGAUGCAGAAUGUAAAGAGAGCAAAGAGAGAAGAAAUAAAGAAAAUAUUCGGGAAAAACAAAGAAAACAACAAGAAAGGAAGAGAAAAUUGGUGGAAACUGCUGCUCUGUUAGAAGAGAAAAAUGCUGAUGGUUUAAUUGUAGCCAGCAAGUUCCAUCCAACUCCUUUGUUACUUUCUUUAUUGGAAUUUGUUGCUCCAUCUAGGCCUUUUGUUGUCUAUUGCCAAUACAAAGAGCCAUUAUUAGACUGUUACACAAAGCUGAGAGAAAAAGGUGGUGUUAUUAACCUCAAGUUGUCUGAAACCUGGCUACGAAAUUAUCAGGUCUUGCCAGAUCGCAGCCAUCCAAAACUGAUGAUGAGUGGAGGUGGGGGAUACCUUCUAUCAGGUAUCACUGUCACCAUGGAGAAGGUCCAAUCUGAUGCCAACAGUUUAGAAGCACAGAAAAUUGAAGAGCCAGUGUCUAAAAAGCGCAAACUUGAAGAACUUCAUUGUUAACAUCUGGAGAAUUGAUGUACUUUUAGUUCUCAAGAGUCUUACAGUUAGUAAUGUAUCUGAUGUACUUUUCAUGCUCUUGACAACAAAGAAAAAUAUGCCUGUUACACGCCUGUCAAUAGAAGCAGAAUUGUACUCUAGAGAAGAUUUUUGUCAGUUUCCUCUGGUAACAUGACAGGAAGGAGAGAAAUUUUAGAGGUAACUUUGUAUCAGAACAUCUUUGACAGAGUUAAGCAACAGAGACAUUAACAAUUCAGUAACUUCAGAAACACUUUCUGAUCACAUUGAGAGAGAAACUAUAGGGCUGAGAUUCAUGGAUUAAUGAAACCAUCUUACUUGGUUGCAGAAAUUAAUAGGACUCUGAAGUCCUUUACAGAGGUAGGGUUUAAAUUAAGAUACCUUAAAUUAGCUUCUUGUUUUAUAACUAAAGCAGGUUAAAAUAUGAUGUAUAGUAAUCUGAUUUCCUUUUCAAAUGCAGAACCCUGCCAUUUUAAGUGACUUUUUUUUAACCCAAGCAGAAACAAUGCAGCAAAAUCAUGCACUUUUAUUUGAAUGGGAAAACGAAAAGAAAGAGAAACCAAAUCAUCAUAUCUUGGCUUUUUGUUCCUGAAAGGAAGAAAUGAAAAACAUCAGGUAUUAUGAUGGUAAAUUAAAAUACCAAAUGUUUAAAAUGUUUUCUAUUAGUAUUGCAUUUUUUUGAAAUCUGGAUUUGUAUUGAUUUUUAUUCUUUUUAAUGUGACCAGUUUGAAAUUUCCCAUAUUUAUUUUACUGUUUUGUCUCUUUUCUGUGUAGAAUUUUUAUUAAUGACAAAAUACUUCACAUUUGCCAUUUCAAUUAAACUCUCGUGAAUUUUCUUCUGAAAAGAGACAUUUUGUUUUAUUUUCUUCUUUGGGGGAAGAAAAGCUUUUGGGUGAGGGCAGGGGGAGUUUGUGAUAAUAAAUCGGCCAAAUCACAUAUUAGGAUCCAGUAACAUGGACUGUUACAUCCAUGAGUCUCCCACUGGAAUCAGCAGGCCUCUGCUUGAUUUCAGGGCUUCAAAUCCUAAUAGAGAAUCAUAGCUCAGGGAUGGAAGCUAUAUUUCGGGUGUGUAUUUAAAAAAAAAAUUAGAUUACAUUAAAAUGUAAAGUGUUGCACACCUUAGGCAUAAGGUUAACAUUUUUGGUGUGCUACUAGCCAAUAAAUAACAAGCAGUCCUGUGGCACCUUAGAGACUGACAAAUAUAAUAUAAUAUGAGCUUUUAUGGUUAAAAAGCUAGUCAUAAUAUAUUUUUUUAGCCUCUAAGGUGUCACAGGACUCUUAAAGUUUCAGACUGAUACAGCUACCCCUCUGAGACAUUUUACUAGCUAAUAAUCUAAUCAAAAUGUAAAUAUGUGCAUUUUAAAGAAGAUAUGUAUAUAUUUGUCAUGAGUAAACUACCAUAUUGACCUUUUUUGCCUCCAGAUCUCUUUGCUAAUUUAUGCCUUGACAAUCAUAUUUUCCUAGUUUAUGAAAAUUCUCUCCCCUGUUACUGAAAGGCCCAUGCAAAGUGGAAGAAACUGACUAUAUUGGGGAAAUGGUGAAAGUGUUACAAAUAGCAAGGAAGCAGUAUAUUAAAAAAAUCCAGUAUAUGACUUAAUGUUCUUUUAAUUACUUAUCUGGAGAGAGCUACUUGCUGAAAUUAAUCUGAUUUUUUUUUUUUCCUAGAACCUUUUUUUGGAAGGGGGAAAGUGAGGUGAAGAAUUAUUUAUCUCACAAAUACACUUGAAUUCAGUGAAAACAGAGAUUGGGAAUUUCAAAGGGGCUUAAAAUUAGUGCUAUCAAGCAAUUAAAAAAUUAAUUGCUAUUUAAAAAUCACAAUUAAUCACACAAGUAAUUGUGCUGUUAAACAAUAAUAGAAUACCACUUAUUUAAAUAUUUGUGGAUGCUUUCUACAUUUUCAAACAUAUUGAUUUCAGUAACAACACAGAAUCCAAAGUAUUCACUUUAUAUUUUUAUUACAAAUAUUUGCACUGUAAUAUAUAUUUUUCAAUUCACCUAAUACCAGUACUGUAGUUCAGUCUUGAUUUUAUUUUUGAAUGAAGUUUAUUUCUGUACAAGAUUUAUUUCUGCACAUAAUUUUACAUUUGUAAGUUCAUCUUUCAUUAAAAUGUGACACAUUUACAGUCUACAGAUCCACUCAGUCCUCUUCCUUAUUCAGGCGACUGCUCAAACAAGUUUGGUUACAGUUUAUAAUAAAUAAUGCUGCCUGCUUCUUGUUUACAAUGUCACCUGAAAACGAGAACAGGGGUUCUCAUGACAGCAUUGUAGCUAGUGUUGCAAGAUACUUACAGGUCAGAUGCAUUAAGAAUUCUUGUGUCCCUUCAUGCUUCAAUCACCAUUUCAGUGGACAUGUUUAUGACUAUCCAAAGCAGAGCCGACCGACACACAUUCUUUUCAUCAUUUGAAUCAGAUGUCACCAGAAGAUAGUGAAUUGUCAUUUUUGGUGGUUUCAGUUCUGUAGUUCAUACAUUGGUGUGUUGCUCUUUUAAGACAUCUGAAAAUCUGCUCCACGUAUUGUCCCUCUCAGAUUUUUGGAUGACACUUGGAUUCUUAAACCACCGUGCAGCUAUUUCAGAAUUUUCACAUUGGCACCUUUUUUGCGUUUUGUCAACUCUGCUGUGAAAGGGUUAUUAAAAUGAACAUGUGCUGGGUCAUCAUCCAAGACUGCUAUAAUAUGAAAUACAUGGCAAAAUGCAGAUAAAACAGAAUAGGAGACAUACAAUUUUCUCCAAGGAGUUUAGUCACAAAUUUAAUUAACACUAGGGAUAUGAAAGUAUAAACAUGUAUCCUCCCCCACAAUCACAUAACUGCUUCUGUAUGUAGGCAGGAUACUCCCUAUACUGCUGCCCCAGCAGGAAGGAGUUGGUGUUCGUGGGGAACCAGCUUUUAAGACAGCUCCCUGUGCUCAGUGGCUCCCAUCUGCUCUCUUUCCCCAAGCCCUGUGCUACUGCUUCUGAUACAGAGGCAGCAGUGUGGGAGCCAGUGCACAUGGGGAGCUAGCUUAAAAGCUGUCUUCCCCCUUGAGCACUAGCUCCCACCUGCCUGGGCAGCAUCACAGAAAAUAUCCCACCUGUAUCAGAGGCAGCAGAGCAGGGAGGCAUGUGGCUUCCCCUUUUUCCCACAUGGCUGCCUUUGAUACUUAAAAGCCACCGCCCCCAUCCCAUAUGUGUAAACAUGUAACUGUUGACAUUUUUAGUGAUUAGAUUUACCCUGAAUGAAUGCAUUUUAACACUUUUUUUUUAACGAUAGUCAUCAGCAUGGAAGCAUGGCCAAAGCAUGAAGGGGUACGUGGUUGUUUUGCAUAUCUGGCACAAACGUCUUACAAUGCUGGCUACAAAAGAGCCAUGUGAACGCCUAGCCUCAUUUCCAGGUGACAACGUAAAUAAGCAGGCAACGGUAUUUCCUGUAAAUGUAAACAAACCGGUUUGUCUUAGCAAUUGGCUGAACAGGAAAGAGGACAGAGGACUUGUAGGCCCUAAAGUUUUACACUGUAUUGUUUUGAGUGCUGUUAUGUAAUAAAAUUCGACAUUUGUAAAUUGCACUUUCAUUGUGAAGGCAUUUCAUUACAAUAUUUGCAUGAGGUGUAUUUAAAUAGUAUUUUUCAUUUUUACAGUGCAAAUAUUUGUAAUAAGAUAAUAUAAAGUGAGAACUGUAUACUUUGUAUUUUGCGUUAUAACAAAUCAAUAUUUGCAAAUGUAGAAAAACAUUGAAAAAUACUUAAUACCUUUCAAUUUGUUAAAUAAUAGAAUACCGUGUGAUUAAUCAACAGCCCUACUUAAAAUUAUUGUGCAUCUAUAUUACUGCCAAGUGAGAUGUGGCUCAGAGCAAGGGAUAUGGGGAUGGAAGUUGAGUUCAUUAGUUAUCCCAAUUCCACUGACUUCCUGCAUUUCAAUGUUAGUUUAAAUCUCCAUUGCUAUGUCUCAGUUUCCUUUUCUAUAAGACAUAACUGGUAGAUACUUGCCACUUUCACUGAGUUCUUGAGAUGCUUAAGUUGCCUUUCCAGUACUGCAAAGGUAUAAAUCUCUGUACGUGUGAUAAAUAUUAAGGUUACCAUUGAUUGCAAAACCUAACAUUUGAAACUGGAUUUACCCCCAUUUGAAACAUGAGAGAGAGGAUUUAAUGUAUAUGUGCUAAUUCAAGAAAAAAAAUGUUGUCUGAUACUUUCAAUGUGUAGUUCAGUGACAAAAUAAAUUAGCUGUAGAAGAGACAGACACAUGAACAUAGAAAUUACUUUUUGAAAACCAGAUGCCUCAAAUUAGUUUGAUCUCAUUUGCAUUAGACAUUUUGUCUAACAAUCUCUUUCGGUAUUAAUUCCUGUCACUGAACCACAUUACCUAAUUAUAAAAUUCACUGUAAUUCCAUUUCCCCCAAGAGCUAACGCUGCUUGUAAGAUGGGCAUAAGCAUUUAUUUAAUAUAAGACAUGUAUUAGCAGUCAAGUGAAAUAUUGAAGGUUGGAUACAUAGGUGUAUUACCAGUCAUGUGGACCAUAAAUCUAGGUGGCUGCCAAACAGCCACUGUGGAAGAUAAAAGAAUUUCAGUCCUUAAAGUCCACAUCACGCAGUAAUUUGAUAUGAUUGUAUAAUUACCAAGAGGUCAGUAGAGAGUAAUGUGUGAAUCAAGUGAGGAAGGGAAGAUCACAGUGAGAAAUGUUAGGAAACAAAAAAAAAAACCUGUCAGUGUUAUAAGAACAGGAGGAAUGUGGGCUGUAGGACCAACAAUGUUUAUCAAGAUAAGCCUGAAUACCUUACUGAAAUCUUUACUGGUGGCCAGUUGGCGAGUUUGAUGUGCCCAUGUUACAGCUUGAAUGCUAAUAGAUCUCUAAUUCAGGUUACUAAAGAACUUGCAUCCAGAUGCUCAUAAUUAAAUGAAAUAGUCCAGGCCUAUUCCCUGUCAGAGGGUGACUUUUUUGAAAGUUUGAAUAAAACUAGUUGUGCUGGUCUUUGAAUAAGAGUGAAAAAUCUUUUGUUUGUUUGUUUGUUUGUUUGUUUGUUUAAGCAUGUGUGUUAGCAGGGGAAAGGAGAGUGUUAAGCAACUGCUGCUGAAACACCUGUUGCUAGAAAGUUGAAUUUUGACAAGGAAAAAUUGUCAGGGAACAGAACUAGCUUUGGGAAAAGAUUUUGUUUGUUUUUGUUUUUGCUUAGUAGAGUUUAGCUGGCUGCCCGUUGCAGUUGGCAUGAUCCAAAAAUAGAAGUGGGCUCUGUAUUUCAUUUUGAAAGCACCCUAAGUACAGCCCUUGUGGGUAGGUAUAUCAGCCCUGUGGAAUAAUGAAAGCAGAACACAGGCUUUAUAAAUAGCAGAGCUACCACAAGCUUGGGCUUUUUUUUUUUUGGUGGGGAGGAGGCGUUGGAGCCUUAUAAAUAGCUUUCCGCCAGAGAGGCGAUACAGUUCUGCUUACGUUUUUUACCCAGAAUACUUUGCCAGAUUUGAACAUUAUGUGUAUUGAAUGCAGAUUAAAUUGUUAUGUUUUAGCUAAAAUAUUAGGGCAUUAUUCCCUAUGAAUUAGCAUUGUAAAUGAUUUUUAUACAAAAUCUAUAUUUACUUAUGUUUUGAGACUGACUCCCAGCACACAUUCAGUAAGUUGUGGUUGACAGGCUUUUCAGCAGCUUCACAUUUACAUUGUAUGGCCAUAUUUUCCCCAUAGCACAUAUCCUAAGACUAUUCUGAGUAAUGAUUGCUGUAAAUAUGAAUCUUUAUUUAAAUCAAGUUAUUUUAAAGCAAAGCUUCAGUGAAUUAUAAAUGUUACAUGCUAUAAUGAACAUGAUUGUAUUCAGUACUUCUCAUGGAUGUCACUUUGAUUUUGGUUUGAAUUCUAAAAAAGGGGGAUUUAUCAUAUCCCUAGAAGCUUCUGAAAACUGCUUGCUCACCGCUGAUGCUCUUGGCAAAUAUUUCUUGUGUAGGAAGUGGAGGAGAAAGAGCAUUAUGUUGUGUUUCCAGGGAGUCAAGUCUGAAAGAAGUUUGCAGGCCACACACUUAUUCACACAUUUAGGGCCUGCAUAAGAAGUGAGACAUCUUACAGUGAAAUCCUGGUCCUCAUACAAGUCAAUAGUAAAACUGCCAUUGCCUUCAGUGGGGCUAGGGUUUUGCUCUGUCACUUAAAUGGGACAGACUCCAGCCCUUGAGUAGCCCCAUUUAACUCAGUGUCACUAGCAUGUGCCUAAGUAUUUGCAGGAGGAGGAUCUUAAAAUGUAAUUUUGUUCUGAGCUGCUUUGCACUGUUAGAUUUAGGAUGAAAUACUUUAAUAAGCAGGUGGCUAGUUGGAUUAAAAUAGUCCAAGCAGAACAUAUGCUGUGAUACAUGCAGGCAACAUGUUAUACUUUAAACACGUGUAUUCUUCCCCCAUGUUAUACAGUGAAGAGAGACAUUGUCAUGGCAAUUUUUUUUAACACUUAGAUAAAUCUGAUUAAACUUGAGCUCAGGAUACACAAAUAGCAGUUGAAGCUAUUUAAAGGAAAAUUCCUUAUGCUGCUGUGUGGUGGCAUAUGAUUCAUGAGUUGAUGUUUCUACAGCCCUCCUACUCAUUGUUCUUAGCAAGGACAGACUGUUUUAUGGAGAUCCAAGCUCUGUACCAGUUGCUCAUUCACCGUUGGUCCAUCUAAGGAUGAUACCAUAGAACCCUUCUAAUCUAUUUGCUUUAUAGCUUGGCAUUUCUGUACAAAGGAUGACUAGUGUGGUAUUGUGUGAGAGAUUGAUGAGAUAUUGUUACCUCUACAAUGGGGGAGCACCUAUUCACACAAGUUAAUGGCAGUACUCCCAAAGAACUACUCAGUUUGUACAAGUGUGGUAUAAUUUGACUCUACUUUUAUAGUCUACCACAGUGAAUGUAUUAAUAUAUUAAGCAUUAUGAACUGCCAAAAUAAACAACCAUGUGUAUUUGGUGAUACAAUAACCUUACUUUUGAUGUAUGUUUACAUAGCAGCUAAUUUACAAAACUAAUUUUCUGACAAUAAAUUUGAGUCAUUGGUGCAAACUAUCAAGAUUCUGGUAUACUUUACAAGCUCUUGCGAUCUAGAAUAUAAAGAAAAUGUAUGUGUGUUUCUAUUUUAAGCUUCAGAAAUAAACAUACAGAAACUA